AUGGCCGUUGCUCUUACUGAACCUUACGAUGGAUUAAAAGCGAUGCUGCAGUCUGCUGUACAAUCUGUUCAAUGGACCUACAUUAUUUUCUGGCAGCUUUGUCCUCAACAACGGGUUUUAGUUUGGGGAGACGGGUACUACAAUGGCGCAAUAAAGACCAGGAAGACGGUGCAGUCUGUGGAAGUUAGCACGGAGGAGGCGGCUUUGUGUAGAAGCGAACAGCUCAGAGAGCUCUACGAUUCAUUGGUUGCCGGCGAACAGCAGGCGACGGAGAACCAGCAGCCCACGAUACGGCGGCCCGCGGUGGCAUUGUUACCGGAGGAUCUUACGGAGGCUGAAUGGUUCUACCUUGUCUGCGUCUCAUUCUCUUUUCCUCCAGGCGUCGGAUUGGUCGGAGAGGCAUAUGCAAAGCAGCAACAUCUAUGGCUCACCGGUGCAAACGAAGCCAACAGUACAGUUUUUACAAGAGCCAUCCUUGCUAAGAGUGCUGAUAUACAGACUGUUGUAUGCAUCCCUCUACUGAAUGGAGUCGUUGAACUUGGCACAACUGAAAAGGUGGAGGAAGGUGUCGACUUGAUUGAACACGUGAAACAUUUCUUCAGGGUCGAAAAUGACAAGUCAAUUCUCCCGCCUCCUAGACCCACCCUUUCUGCCCAUUCUUCCAACACCAAUGCUCUUUCCCCUCAUCGGUUCAAACCUUUAGACAACUUAUAUUUAAUGGAUGCAUACGCUGAUGAUGAUGAUGAUGAAAAUGAUGAGGAAGAAGAAGAAGAAGAAGAAAAUGAGUCCGAUUUUGAGGCAGAAAUCGAUCAUAUUUCUAUUGUUGAAGAACUUCAUGAUGAAGAUAGCAUCGUGAUGGAGGCGAAUGAACUACUGCAACUUGAUAUGUCUACAGAUAUUAGCCAAGAUCAUGACUCAUGUAGAGCCGACUCACAUGCUCUGGAGUUGCACAACCCAUCCACCAUUCAUUUACAAGGAUCAGGAGAAUUAGCACAGGAGGACAGUCAUUACUCCCGUACAGUUUCAACCAUUCUCCGCAAACAAACGAGUCAAGUGAGUCAAUGGCAUGACUCACACUCAGCAUCACGCCACGACUCACCAUACACGUCCACCCAAUCAUCCUUCACCGCCUGGAUACCAAAUCACCAUCAUCACACGGUGGCGGCGACUAGAUCUAACUCACAGUCGCUCCUAAAGUACAUCAUCUUCACCGUACCUUUCCUCCACUCCAACAACAACAGCAACAACAAGCCCACCGAAGGUGACGCCUCGGAGUCCGUCGCAUCUCGUAUACGGAAAACGACAUCGCAUGAAGAGCUCAGUGCCAACCACGUCCUCGCAGAGCGACGUCGCAGAGAGAAGCUAAACGAGCGGUUCAUGGUUCUUCGAUCGCUGGUACCAUUGGUUACUAAAAUGGACAAGGCGUCGAUCCUUGGUGACACAAUCGAGUACGUGAAGCAGCUUCGUAAGAAGAUUCAAGAUCUGGAAGCACGUGAUCAUCGUCAGGACACGUUGGAUACGUCAAAGAGAAAGAUCCGAGUAUUAGACGCCGGAAGUACUGGUGGCGGAAGGAAGGCGGCGAGGGCGGUGCAGGUAGAGGUGUCGAUAAUCGAGAGUGAUGCGUUGGUAGAGCUGCAGUGUCCGCACAGAGAAGGGCUGUUGCUGGAUGUCAUGAAGAAGCUGAGGGAACUUGGAGUGGAAAUCACAACCGUUCAAUCUUGUUUGAACGAAGGAACGUGUACGGCUGAGAUGAGAGCUAAGGUGAAGGUGAAUGGUAAUAACGGAAAGAAAAUUAGUAUAAUGCAAGUAAAGAAAGCCAUUAAUAAGAUAAUAUCUCCUUUGCUACUCACACAAUUCACACAAUGA